AGGAGAUGCUUUGUAGAAAACCAAAUCGGGAUUUAUCAAAACGAAGAGAUCUUCAAAACCGAAAGAGGAAUUCUUCCUGAAUGUUCUCAAGACUUUAGAAGCAGCAUUCCGAAGAAACAUAAUGGGAAGGAUACGCCUGGGAACGGUGCUAUACCAAGCGAACUCCGCGUUCCAUCGAAAAUUCCGUUCGUUUCGAUUCCCAGAGCGCACACAGGUAUUCACGCUUGUGCACGUGCGCGAGGGCACCCUUCAGGGGUGGGAGGUUAUCGACGGCGCCUCCAUCGAGAAGGAGAGUAAAAGAGAGACAAACGAAAGCGAUGGAAAGGAGAUAGUUCUCGCACACAGGAUCGCGGAGAUUUACCAGUGUCAGCGAGGGAUCUUGAUCGUGACCGACGAUGAGCGCGACAACCAGUGUCUCGAGAGCACGAGGAUGGCCGGCGACGACGGUGCACCACCGAACAAUGAAAUCCUCGCCGUGGAGGGGGAGGGGCAGGGUGCGUCAAUGCAGGGGGAACCACAUUCCAGAGUGGGCGGCAUCCUGGAAUGUGAUCCCCCCGGUAACAAGAAUUCACAGAGCGAGCGAGCCUGCGACGACGAUUGCGACGACGGAAGCGGUGAAACUGUGAUCGCAGACGAAUGUAACAACGGAGGUGGACCAGUGAUUGCCGGUGAUAACGGCGUUCUAUGUCGAUAUGCUAUCGGUACUGCCAACACCGCUAUGUCUUUCAUCGAGGUCUGUCAGAUACGAUUGCAACAUCUUUUCCCUCAAUUGGUCUCAUCUUCACGGCAUAACCUUUGUGAAGAGUCCAUAGAACUCACAGCAGAAUGUUUGGCCACUGAUGUGAUACGAUAUCUGCUGAAGGAAGAUAUUUAUCUUAUAUCCAGGGACCCAGUCUCUCGUAGUAUGAGACACAAUGUGUAUCAAAUGUUGAAUAAACACAGCAUAUUGUUUGCAAGUAUGGUAAAUCGUUUGAAUGUUGUGCCUGAUACUGCAUACGAAGCAUUUAUGGGAGUCGCAGACGAGCUUUUCUUGCAUGGUGGUGUUACAUGGGCAAGAAUCGUUUGUUUGUAUGCAUUCAUGGGAAGGCUUGCUCUCUGGGCUCGAGAUAGAAGAAUGCACGCCCUAAAGAAGAGAUUGCCACUGUAUGUUUCACGAUUUAUUGGAGAAAAAGUUGCACAUUUCAUCAAAGGAUACGGAGGAUGGGAACAGCUGUGUAUAGAAUAUCCGGUGGCAGAAGAAAUCAGCGGAGCAAUUUGGAGAAGUCUUUUAAUGACAGGUGCUACUCUUGGUUUGGUCGCAACAAUUUUAACGGUGACCUCCUGAUAUACUCUUAGAAAUUAAUUGAUGCAGGGUAUGUUUUACGUACAACCUUUCAGUGUACUUAUAUUCCACUGCGAUGUUCUUGAAAAAAAUUUCAAGAUUUCAUACCAUCCUCUUUUACAUUGGCACUAAAAGUGGAAUUGUGUGAUUUCAAAGUCAUCUUUAUAACAAGUGCAGGAAGUAAAUUCCAGUGCACACAAUUUUCAUAUCAAUGUCACUCAGUUUAGAUUUUAUAUAACUUCAACAAAUAUGUAAUACAAACAAAGGAUAAUGAUACAUGUUUCCUAUUAUAUCCAUAUUUUGUAAUAACUGCAGCUCUGAACCUAGUUAAAUUAGUGAGAACAAACUUUAUUUAAUGUUAAUCUAGAUAUUUUAUCAAAGUAAUUUCAUUUAAUACUCAAAAUUAAUGUUUUAGAUAUAUAUAUAUAUAUCAAACAAGAAUCUCAAAAUUGUAUUGAAUUUAGGUAGAAACAAUCUAAAUGUAUUUAUUUAUAAUUUAUUCUAGUUAGAAAAUAUAUUAAAUAAUAAAUUUCCUUGUCAAUCAAACACUGUCAUAAUAAAUAUUUAGGAUUUGUGAAAGGCAAUUGACACAACAGUGCUCAUACAGUAACAUUUUUAAACAGCAAUGAAUUAUUAUAUGUAGUAGUUUCUUAAAAUUUUUAUAUAAAUAUUUAAAGAUAAUAAAUAUUUCUGAAAAGCAUUAGUUUUCUUAGUUGCAUCUAUUAUUUUAUAGGCUUAUGGCAUAAUAUAAUUAUUAAAAAUUUUUUAAACAUAAAAUUUUAGCAAAUGCAGAGGCUAGAUGAUUAAAUCUGGAUAGUUAGUUUCCAAGAAAAAAUGUUUAGUCAAUUCUGAUACGAGAAUGUUUUAUUUUACGCUUAAUGAUUGCACU